AUGCCUCGGUUAUGGACUUAUACCGUGGCACGAGGCACGAAGGAAAAACAAAACUCCAAGCUAACAACCUGUGCACUGAGUCAGGCCGUCAAGGAAUUCUCCAAGGCACGGCUAAGGAAACGCGCCCAAUCCCACCUGUUACGGAGACCUCGAGGUCCCAAGCGCCCAUCAGAUGGCUUCAAUUCCCCACUUCACCGUCGUUCUCUGGAAGAUCCAGAUCAAAAGAGAAAUGCUCUUUACCUUAUCAAAGAAGAGAUAGCAAUCAUGAAGAAACUCCAUCAUCACAACCUGGUGUCUCUGAUUGAGGUCUUAGACGACCCGACCGAGGAUUCUCUAUACAUGGUUAUGGAGAUGUGUAAGAAGGGGGUAGUUAUGAAAGUUGGGCUUGAAGAAAGAGCCGACCCAUAUGAUGACGAACUCUGUCGCUGUUGGUUCCGCGACCUGGUCCUGGGAAUAGAAUAUCUACACGCUCAGGGCAUUGUACAUCGCGAUAUAAAACCAGAUAAUUGCCUAAUAACGAGCGAUGACGUUCUCAAGGUAGUGGACUUCGGGGUAUCAGAGAUGUUCGAGAAAGACUCCGAUAUGUUCACGGCAAAAUCGGCUGGUUCACCUGCUUUCCUCCCUCCAGAGCUAUGUGUUGUCAAACACGGGGAUGUCUCCGGGAAAGCGGCCGACAUAUGGUCUAUGGGUGUUACGUUGUACUGUUUGCGAUACGGCAGAUUGCCCUUCGAGAAGCAGAGCAUCUUCGAGCUAUAUGAGGCUAUUAAGACCGAUCCAGUGGCAUGUGAGGGAGAAACUGAUGAAAACUUCAAGGACCUGAUGUCACGGAUUCUAGAGAAAGAUCCAACCAGAAGGAUCCAAAUGAGUGCAUUGCGAGGUAUCAUCUGCAUGCUGAAGAACCACGCUUACAACAGCUCCUAG